CAUCUUCUGCUCCCCAGAUCUAGUAGCCAAUAUAUACCAUACCCAUUCUAUUUGCCUUCUCCGUCUGUUUCCUUGUCCCCGUUUCACAUCACACAUGCAGCAACGACCCACCUGCACCAAUGUUCGCAUACGUUCCACUCGUGAUGCUCAUAAAAUAUUCUAUGCAGUACAGCUGCGUAUGCUCCCAAUGAUAACAAGGCGCCUUGACGCCGACGAACGUCUCGCCCUAUGUUCUGGUUGUAUCUAUGCAUGGGAAGAAAGAGGUCCACAUACUGAAAUCACAGGAUUGGGUAUCGAGCGUUUCACCGAGGGACGUCGAUGGAGUCCCUCGCGCGUUAGAGACGAAUUUCUCUUCUACUAUGAGAAGUAUACUCCACCAGCAGACGCCGGUCAUUCUGGGUCUUCUGAAAAGCAGCCCCCUCGAGAUUGGGAUCCGCUGGUAAAGCAAACUUAUUCAGUUUGGGUUGAAACGGAUAAAGGUCGCCGCAAGUGGCACUUGACCGCAUAUUUCACGCAGGCCACAGUCGAUGAGCUAGGCACCAUAGACAACAUACCGGGUGUCGCUGACCUCGUGGUGCCAGAAGGAACCUUCCAAAGCACCCGAGUUGGCAAAACCCGCAAGGGGGAAGACAGUCGCUCAAGAUCUGAUGUUUUAAAGUCAACGAAUUCUACUGUAACCCGGACGUACGCUCCGUUCCCUGCAUAUUCGAGUCAGCCUUCCCACUACCCUAAUUCACCACAAUCACCGUAUGCUCAGUCAGAUGACCCAUACCGCUCAGGUUUGGGUCAGCCUUCACAGCAGCUUCGUCCGCCGACAUCUGAAAUCCCUCAGUAUUCGGUACCCCCACCACCCCCACCACCUUCUCUCCCUCCUCUUCGUCCUUCGUAUGAAGAUGACUACAAAUUCCGUCGUCCCUCUCUCCCUACUAUACCCCCGCCAGAGCAUAGCUCAGCGUUUUAUGGUCGCAGAAGCUCUGCCGAUUACUCUGUGUCUGGAACCAUCCCUCCUUUGGCUAGAACUCGUACAGAUACAUCAUUGAAACCCUUUGCUGAAUAUCAUGCCUCCAAUGAUCGCGGGUCUUCCCCCGCAUUUGGAGCCAGUAUGAAUCAUCCUCCUGCUUCGGGCAGCUCAAGUGGUGCACAUCGGGCGUCUGAGGACCCCUAUUCCUCCCGACCUCCUUUCCCGUGUUCGUUUAACGUCCACCCAUCACGCUCGCCGCCAUCGUCUCCAUCUUGUCGCAUGCGACCCCCAUCCACUGUUGGCAGUUUCCAGCCUAUCUCCCGAGCGUCAGAUGAUGAUGGCAGAGAACCGAGCCAGAACGCAUUUUUGCUUGAUAACCCAGCCAGCUUCCCUUCCCCUCAUAAUACACCACACAUUUCGCUUCCCCCUCCCGCACAGCUCUUCCGGUCAGAGCCUCCCCCACAAUAUGAAGUAUCGUCUUCUGCGGAUUCGAGCAGCAUUGGACCGCAGCGUGUUGGCCUGGCGCCCUUGCAUUCCUUGCAGCGCAGUCACCCCUACAAACGUGAUCCUGUAGACGACAGAGCCCUUCGGCUAUUAGGGCCACGUUCCGGGUGACUAUUCGCUGGUUCCCUCCCAUCAGGUGUUCAGUGACAUACACCACUGUCCGCUUGCGUCCGAAUCAUUCUUGCGUAAGACGCACAUCUGCGGACCCGCGGGAAGAGAUAUGUGUGUACCUCUGAUUAGGCGUGCUUGGCUUUUUACCGAACAAGCGUCGUUCUUCCAUGCGGUUUCUAACAAUCAAAGAUUCUUCACUUCUUCGCUUAUGGUAUAUCAUAUAUCCAUAACCAUUCCUCGGUACAUACUUGGUCUCGCGCUGCAAUUGCGCUGUCAAAUACAAGUUCGCAACGAAUACGAUACAUGCACGAUAUGCAUAUAUAUAUUGUACCUUUGGCUAUUUGAGCACGCUAUCACGGAUGUUUUUUUGAUCUCAAUCUCGGUCUUGGUGUGC